AUGCCCCGAAUACUGCCAUGGCAGGUCAAUAUCAAGGGGCGCAAAAGUACUACGUCGACUAGAAGUGCCUCCCGAAAGCCGUCACCGUCACAGGCUUCAACUGAAACAGAGUUGGCUAAUGCGCCAACGUCUACAAGGACUCCACGCCAUACUGUUCAAACUCCUCCUUCUCCACCAUGCGAACCACCUCCCGUAGAGCUAAUGAAAGAGGGCUUGGAGAGCGACAAUCAAUACAUCAUGGUUGAGGACGAAUUUCUAGCCACCGCGCAGACUUUCACUCGCCAUCUUCACCAUGCUGAGUAUGUACGCAGAAAAAAAGAGGCGAAAAUCAAAAACGCCAACGCUCUCAAAGACCUGGCUCGAUCCGCGGGCUUGAAAGGAACGUUGAGUGCUGAUAUUCGAAAAAAUAUGGAGUCUGAAGAGAACGCCGCCCAACACAAUGCAGCGCUGGAGGAAUUUAAAAGAGUUGCCGGUCGCCCUCCAGUCGACUCUGAAGUUGAAGAUGGCGUCGGAAGCGAAGAAGAUAGCGAUGAUGAUCCAUGGGUGGGAACAUCUUUACAGAACUUGAUGAAUCAAAAGAAACACCAGUCCUUGGUUGGUUUACAGGGGAUCAGGUCUGCCUCUCGAGCCGCACUGGGGUUUUCGAAGACACCUGCUCGAUCGCCGUGGGAACGACCUAAAAGCGACGAAUAUGUGAAGGAUCCCGUUUCCAAUCGUGGUACUGAAGUUAAUCCACAUCUAAUUGAUGAUGAAACGUCUACGUGUGACGAUGAUGAUCUUGACGCCCAGUCCAGACGACCAGAAUCAGUUCAGAUGGCAACCCAGCAGUCUAAGUGUACCGGCGAGAGUACGAACUCCGUACCUAUUUCACUAUCUAUCAUUGAGGGAGCACAAACAGUAUCACGAUCAAAUGUGCAGGAAAAGGUAACUGCAUCACAUCACUUAGUCCGGCCGAACACGGAGCAUCCCCGAUAUAACCCGAUUCCUCCGUCCACACGUAAAAGUAAAGUAAUGACUUUGCUCGACGAAUUCGAUGACGAUAAAGUACACGUAAUAAGGAAAUAUGAUAUGAAAGCCAAGGACCAAACUCGGAAACGUGUCCCAUCAGAAACUGCAUCCAAUAAACGCCACAAGAGGGACAGAAACUCCAAAGAAUCCCACCUCAGUGAAGUGCCAACAUUCUUGCUGUGA